AUGGUUGAAUUACGCGUCGAGAGAAUACCAGAGGAUUAUAUUAUUGCGGAAAAGCGAAAUCCGAUCGCGAGAGAGUAUUGGAGAAAGCCUUGGAUGCCUCUCGUGUUGGUGUGCGUCGUUUGCAUGGGAGUGAUCGUCAUCGGUGUUGUUGCAUCGAUAAUCAUCGCCUCGAAUCGUUUAUCCGAUGCUGGAUAUUAUCGAGAU